GCCAUGAAAGAAGCCUUACUCCUGGUGCUCACCAUCGUCUCAGUGACAGCAAUGUCUGUCACCUCUUCGGGGCUUGCCAUAGCGCUGCCAGGGUGCCCUGAUAAGUGUGGCAACGUGUCCAUCCCUUACCCCUUUGGGAUCGGAGCUCGCUGUGCAGCUACAGGCCUGAACCGCUACUUUGCUGUGAUCUGCAACGACACAUUACAGCCACCAAGGCCUAUGGUUGGUGACCCUUCGGCUGCAGGUGAGGUCAUUGACAUCUCUUUGGAGCGCCAUGAGAUGCGCCUUUACGGCCCUGUCAGCUACAACUGCUUCACAUCAAACACCACCAUGUCAGACAACUACACUGCAGGAUUCGGCAUGGAGGGCACGCCGUUCAUCCCCUCCACCAGCCGCAACCGCUUCACGGUCAUUGGCUGCAACACCUUGGGAAUCAUCGGCGGUUACAUUCACAGCAACCCUGACUUGUAUGUGGCUGGCUGCUACUCCUACUGCCAAGGCAUCAACAGCACAUCUGAUGGUGCGUUGUGCACCGGCAUGGGAUGCUGUGAGACCACCAUCUCCACCAACCUCACCGACUUUUCAGCGCUAUUCGUGAUCAAUCAGAGCAGUGUGUGGAGCUUCAACCCAUGCUUCUACGCGAUGCUUGUUGAGGUUGGGUGGUACAGCUUCAGGAAGCAGGACCUUGUUGGUCACCUUGGGUUCAUCAACCAAAGAGCCAAAAGAGGUGUCCCUGUCGUCAGUGACUGGGCCAUUAGAAAUGGCUCCUGUCCAAAAGAUGGAGCAAACACACCUAGAGACUAUGCUUGUGUCAGUUCAAACAGCUAUUGUGUGAGUGCAAGCAAUGGGCCAGGGUACCUGUGCAACUGCUCUCAUGGUUAUGAGGGCAAUCCUUAUCUACCCAAAGGCUGUCAAGACAUAGAUGAAUGCAAACUGCGUAAGCAGGACCCAAAGUAUAAAGAAUUGUAUCCGUGCAAAAAUGGGGCUUGCCGCAACACACCAGGAAGCUAUAUGUGCAAAUGCAGGAUAGGUAUGAGAUCAGAUGGUACCAAUUAUGGAUGCCAACCUGUACUUAGCCGAGCUGAAAGAGUGGUAAUAGGACUGAGUGUUUCUGCUGUUGUAGUGAUGUCUUUGACAUGCUUGUUAGUGAUGAAAUUACAACGCAGAAAGCACAGGAAGGAGAAGGACGAGUACUUCAAACAAAAUGGAGGUCUGAAAUUAUAUGAUGAGAUGAGAUCCAGGCAGGUUGACACCAUACUUAUACUUCCAGAGAAAGAGAUAAAGAAAGCCACAGAAAACUACAGGGAUGAUCGUGUCCUUGGAUGUGGUGGUCAUGGAAUGGUCUAUAGAGGAACUUUAGAUGACGGCAAAGAAGUUGCCAUAAAGAAGUCCAAAGUAGUAGAUGAUGACUGCAGAGAAGAAUUUGUAAACGAGAUAAUAAUAUUGUCACAAAUUAACCAUAGGAACAUAGUGAGGUUACUGGGAUGCUGCUUGGAGGUAGAUGUGCCAAUGUUGGUGUACGAGUUCAUUUCCAAUGGUACCCUCUUUGAGUUCCUUCAUGGCAAUGAUCGCAGAUCACCAAUCCCUUUGGACUUGAGAUUGAAGAUUGCUACACAAUCAGCAGAAGCUUUUGCUUACAUUCAUUCAGCAACUUCUCGCACAAUUCUGCAUGGGGAUGUCAAAUCCCUCAAUAUACUCUUGGACCAUGGAUACAAUGCCAAAGUGUCAGAUUUCGGAGCAUCAACACUGAAGUCCAUGGACAAAAAUGAUUUCAUUAUGUUUAUCCAAGGAACUCUAGGCUAUCUUGACCCUGAGACUUUUGUCAGUCAUCAACUAACAGAAAAAAGUGAUGUCUACAGCUUUGGGGUUGUUCUUUUAGAGCUAUUAACAAGGAAAAGGGCAAUAUACAUCGAUAACCUUAAUGAAAAGAAAUCACUUUCCCAUACUUUCAUAUUAAUAUUCCAACAGAAUAAGCUCCAGGAUAUGUUGGACUGUGAAAUAAUAGAUGAGCAAAUUAUGGUAGUACUUGAGAAAAUAGCUGAACUUGCCAUGCAUUGUUUGAACCCAAGAGGAGAUGAGAGGCCAACAAUGAAGGAAAUCGCAGAACGCCUACAAGUGUUGAGGAGACUCCAGAUGCAGCUAACCACAAAAACAAACCCCAUCAGAGCAGGUUACUCUUACGGAACACCAUUGACACCUGUUGCUUCAGACGAAGUGAGAUAUCAGGGCAUGGAGACAGCCAAAUUGGUUUUAGAUGCAGAUAUUGCAAGAUAGGACGUGCAAGGUGGCCU